CCUCGGAGCCAGGCUUUUUUGUAUGGUGCAAUGGUGCAGCUCCCCAUGUGAGCUUUGAAUGGCUUUGUCCCCGGCACCUGGGCUGAUUUUGCCUUCACUGGGCUUUGUCUUGCAAGAGGGGCGGAUUUCUGAGGUCGGCUGCGUGCCCGUGCCUGGUGCUGGGGGUGGAAAUGCCUUCUCGCGAGGCGGGAGCACGCGGAAGUUGAAGCCGAAGCCGCCCGGUGGCAGCAAGCCGGGGAGCAAAAACCCGUCCAAGUCCAGGCCCCGAGAAGUGCCACACCUGGGCCUGCCGCACAGCGCCCGGCUCCGCAGCGUGGAGCGGGCCGACGCGGUACGGGACGAGGCGCCGGCAGAGGACCAGAUCGACGCGUGCCUAAAGCUCGCGGCAGAGGGGGAGGCCGUGCGCAUGAAGAUGGCCUUCCAGCGGAUGCUUCCCCACUUUUCUGCCCUCAAGCCUGGCUCCUUGGUCUUGGAGGUGGGCUCCCGGGCUGGCGACAUGACCCUGAUGUUUGCGGAGCGGUUUCCGGAGCUGUACAUUCAGCCCACGGAGGGUACGGGGCAGUCGUCCCCUGGCCUUUUCAUGCUGCUUCAGGAGCGCUUGGCCCUCAUGAAGAAGGAGCUGCCCAAGAAGCGCUCCCGGAGACAGGGCCAGAACGAGAGCGUGGCCCGCAGCCGGGUCCUGCCGCCCCGGCACCUGGACGCGGGGCUGCUCCGAAGCUGGAAGAACAAACUCACCAACCAGGAGAUCGGCUGCAUCUUUUGCAUCAACGUGCUCCACUACGUAUCUGGGAUGGGUGUAGAGAACUUUCUGGUUGGCUGCAGCGAGCAUCUUCCUGUUGGAGGCCAUGUCCUGAUCUGCGGGCCCUUCUUCAACAAUGGCGAGGCUGGCGAUAGUCUGCUAGUCUACGAUGCCGCCUUGAGGGCGUACGCCGCAUCUGCUGAGAGGAAGCUACAGUGGGGCUGCCACGACGUCUCGCAGCUGGUGGCUCUCGGGGCUAAAGCCGGAUUUUCCCUGGUGGCGCAUGAGGAGACCGACGGGGUUGGUGGGCACAGCUGGAUCCUCAUAGUGCUGCGGCGUGAGAAGAUCCAAAGCCGGCCGCCCGAGCCGACCCACCAGCUCCGGCGCUUCUCCUCAGCGACGGUGGGGACGGUGCUCCAGGCCUCGUAGGCCGCUGGCUCGCGAGGUCUAGUCCUUGGCAGCAUGGGCUUUGCUGAGCGCGCCCCGAUAAUGCGAUAAUGUGAGGUGCU